UGGCUCAGUCAGUUCCCGGUAUGCGGGUGUUGGUGGGAGGGAGGGUUACUUGCCGGGUCUCCUGGCGAGCUCACUGUGAGAUGGUGGCUGUGUCUCUUGAAGGAAGUGGUGUGCAUAAACGACGUGGGAACAAAACAUGUGUGCGGUUAGGGCUCUCGUAUGCUUAGAAUAUUACGACUAUUGAUGUUAGCUAUUUGGAUCCAGGAAAUCUGCGCCAGGCCCUGCCACCUGCGAGCGCCCCCGACGACCCGCGCGCUCGCCACUCCCACUGCCCGCUCUGCGUCUGCCUCGAGCUCCGCCUCCAACGCCCAGCCGGGAGCGUCCGAGGUCGACGACGCCCUUCGCGAGCUCCUCAGGCGACCAAGGUCCGUCAGCUCGUCGGCGUCAGAAGUCAGCGGUCAGCAACAGCAACGCCAGCUGAGUUACAUAUCCUUUCACGACUUCAAGUUCCGCCUCAAGGGCAUUCUCCCGCUGUACCUUCGGGGUAGUUCCAGCGGCGUCAGCACAGGCUACCAGGGAGGCCGCGCCAACCAAGUGUGUUUCAGAGUCCACACUUUCCACGCCACGCCCGCCUACCCUGAGGGCCAAGUGGUGGCGCUGGAGACUCCGGCGGGAGGUAGCGUCCUUCGGGGGGAGGGAGACGCCGUGUCGCUCAUGCCCAGCGCCGGCCUCCAGGACAGCACGAGCGUCGACGACAGAUUCUUUCUCUUCUUCUCCGUUCCCGGGGACCCGUACUUGCGGGUCAAGCACCUAAGCACAGGCCAUUUCCUCUCCGCCAGCUCGAGCGGAGUGACUCUGGAUGUUUUGAACACCAACAACGACAACUUCUUCUUCCAAAAUUUCCGCUGUACGUAAACAGGCAGUAUGUUAAAUGGAAAAUCCGGAACUUUGCGAAUCAUAGGGAGCGGAUAGACACAUUGUAAAACGAAGAGAACAGGAAGUUUUUUGUAUAACUUUUCUUCCUAUUUUGUAAUUUUUAUUUUUUCUUGAUUAUCCUUAUGAAUGUGGUAUAUAGUUUUUUUUUCUGAUAGUGUAAUGAGCUACUUUGAUUUUCAUUGAAGAAUGAAAAUAAGCACAUUAAGGAAGUUUGUAAGGAUAAGUAUGAUCUUUAUAAUGUUCAAUACAUUUAUAAGUAAAAAUUAAAUGUACUGUACAAAUCUGAUAAUGAUAUGAAUGGUUGAACCUAAAAACGCAACAAACUGUGAUACUGUUUCAAUCAUUGCGUCGUUAUAAAACAGUCUUCCGAUUAAUUAAUGAUUCUGUGUUGAUCACCAAAAAUAGAUUAGAUAGACAAGAAUUUCCAGCAUGGCCAUUUAUCAAAUUGUUUAUUCCGAUGACACGAACAUUCCAAUUAUUCACUCAAACGUCAAUAAUUUUAUACACGUUUUCUUUAAAGAGAAAACGGAAUAUUUUGAACGCUAACUCUACUAAAUAUUCGCUUCUCUGUUACCUUUUCUUUGUAUAAUUUCCUGAAGUUGCUAAUGAUCGAAUCAUGCGAUCAGUAAUCGCUAUCUUGACUCUGUUUAUUGAAACCAUUGCAUCAUGUUAGCCAAGUGAGCAACUAGCACCGUGAAACUAGACUCAAAGAAUAUAUUGCAUUUAUUUUUAGAUAGUGUAGCAUAUUAUAACACGUUAUCAAAGCGGUUCUUGGGGUACCUUAAGCGUCCAAUUUCUCCUCUUCUAUCUCAAUGCAGUUUCGUCAUAUUGGCGAAGUUAUCUUUUUUAAUGAAAGUAUAUACAAUCAAACUCAGAAUCUCGCAUAAUACUACUGGUGAGCCUGGAUGUAUAUUUAUUAGUAAUAUUAAUCCACGUGUGUCCUGUAUGUAUGUAUGUAAAUAUUAAAAGAUUUGUAAAGUUGAUGUACCGAUAUCAUAUAAUAUAAUGUUUAUGAUAUAAGGCAGUUUAAUAAACAAACUGAAAUCA